AUGACAUUACAACUAGGCGAUCGAUCCUUGGCUCAACUUGAAGGGAAAAUAAAAGAUGUCUUCGUUUGCAUGGAUAAAUUUAUUUUUUCGGCUGAUUUUAUCAUGCUUGACUAUGAGGCAGACAGAGAGAUUUCCAUAAUCUUGGAACAACUAUUUUUAGCCACUGGCCGAACUCUUAUUGAUGUUUAUAAAAGUGAACUUACCAUGCGACUUAAUGAUGAGCCAGUCACCUUCAGUGUUUUUGAAUCUAUUGACAAAGAAGAAUGCCAUACUGUUGAUGUGCUAGAUGAUCUAAUUGAGGAAGAGUUCAAUGACGAAAGCACAAUACUUUCUAAAGAGUUUGCAAUGACAUUUGAUGCCGAAUCCUUAGACGAUUGUGACAACAUGGUUGAAGCUAAUAAUCUUGAACUCAAGCAUGGAUGGUAG